AUGCUGCUGGUAUACCAACAGCUUACACAGAAGAUUCCUGGAAUACCAACAGCUUACACAGAAGAUUCCUGGAAUACCAACAGCUUACACAGAAGAUUCCUGGAAUAUGCUGCUGGUAUACCAACAGCUUACACAGAAGAUUCCUGGAAUAUGCUGCUGGUAUACCAACAGCUUGCACAGAAGAUUCCUGGAAUACCCUGCUGGUAUACCAACAGCUUACACAGAAGAUUCCUGGAAUACCCUGCUGGUAUACCAACAGCUUACACAGAAGAUUCCUGGAAUAUGCUGCUGGUAUACCAACCAGUACAGAUAAAAAAUAAUAAACAGGAUCAAGCUGAUAAUUAA